AUGGUAUUAGCGAUGGAAGGUAGAAGAGGAGGCCACCUGAGACUGGAAGUCACGGUCGCUGGAAGUUGGGAUGAGGAUCUCCCGCGGGAUAUAUCCCCUACUCCAGGCAAAUCCCCGAUCAGAGCAUUUUUCAUUCCCUCCUAUUUAGAAGGGUACGCCGACACAGGAGACAUCGCGGACGUUGUCCCUCGUCUUGUUGCUGUCGGGGUUGAGCAGCUUGCAAGAGCAGAUCGGGUUGAAGUAGCAAGGAUCCGCCCUCGCACUGCCCAGAAGAGCUCCAGCCAGAAGGAAAGUGACUGUGAAGUCAUCAAUAUUGGUACAGACGUUGGUAGGACAUUGGACCAACUCAACGAAGAAGUUCUGGCCACUGGAAAGACAUGGAUGGUACUAGAGCCGGGAAUACUCAACGAAAAUGAAGGUGGAUGCAUCGUCAACCUUGAAAAGAUGGAGAUGAUCGCAGCUGCUCUAGUUCAGAACGGAUCGUCCCUGAAGGUGUUUGACGAGCUACAACUUGAUGUAUUCUUUCAAGAAGUAGUCAUUCCAAAGAUUAACGAAAUCUUGAAAAGAUAUAUACCUGCCGUAGAGAAAAAAUUACAAAAUAACUGCGAGGCUUUGAGGAGAUUCGAUAAAAAUAUCGAUUUAUCCCAAUUCUAA